UCGCGUCCGGAGGGAUUUAAAAGCAAAGCAUGAUGUAAACACGGAAUAAAAUCCGCAAGGCUUUCCCCGUCGCACCGGUCCAUGAUCGACGUUCAAUAUUACACGAGGAGCCCCUGUAACGACAGCGCGUCUGUGGACAGCGAACAGCAGCGAGUAAAGACGUUGAAGCCAAGAGGAGUUGAGCAUUGUUUCAUUUUCGCUUCAGGCUUCUUUUUCUUCUGGAGUUGCUCCGCUGUCUGGUUGUGUUGCUGUUUUGAACGGAGCCUGCUGGUCCACUGAGAUCACCAUGUUGGCUUUCUCAAGCAGACCACUGGAGAUGCUCUUCUUAUUUUUUUUGAAAUCUUGAUGUGUGUUCUCCCGCUUCUCUUGUGGACUCGGGGAUGACAAAGGAAACGCACGCGAACAUGUUGCAUUUCUGAGGUAGACACGUCUCAAUGGGUGAGACCCACUGAUCCAGUCGACCCUUGACAUCCCCGCUACUCCUAACCCCCCCUGUCCUCCUCUGUUGCCCUCAACCUAACCCCCCUUCACUUCAGUCACCAUGACUUCCACCAAUCAACUGCUGGGUUUGGCUGAGGUGAGCCUGAAGUGUGACCAGGAGAUUGAGAGGAGAUAUGAGAUCGUUCCCUCAGUGGUCUGCUCCAUGUUCUGCCUCUUUGGCAUCAUCUUCUGCUUCUUCGGCUAUCGAUGCUUUAAGGCCAUAUUGUUCCUCACAGGCCUAAUGUUUGGCUCAGUGGUCAUCUUCAUGUUGUGCUACAAGGAGAGGGUGUUGGACACUCAGCUGAGCGUAGAGGCAUCGGUGGGCAUCGGCCUGGGGAUCGGGACCCUGUGUGGCCUGGUGACCAUGUUGGUCCGCAGCGUGGGACUGUUUAUGGUGGGCCUCCUGCUGGGCCUGCUGUUAGGAGUGGCUUCACUGGUGGCCAUGGAGGAGUUCUACCACCCCAGAACAGUGUGGGUUCCUCUGGGUAUUCUCCUGGGUUCCGGGACGCUAUUUGCCGUCCUCACUCUUCAAUGGCAGCGCUGUUUCGUCACCCUCUCCACUGCCACCUUCGGCUCGGCCAUCAUCACCGUCACUGUGGACUACUUUAUUGAGCUGUUUGCCUUGGUGCACUACGUCUACGAGAGAAUCCGGGUGGCGCCAAAGAGGCCAGUAUGCUGGUUUACUUGGAUCAUCUUGGGGGUGUGGCCUGUCCUGUCCCUCCUCGGAGUGCUGAUCCAAUGGAAAGUCACUGCCGAGGGAUUUUCUCACACAGAAGUGGUGUUGAGUCGACAACAAAGGAGGGUUCAGCUCAUGCGGAUCCGACAGCGGGAAGAUAGGCUGAAAAAGGAGAAGGAGAACAAAAAGAAGAGAAAACGAGAGAACCUGAAGACCACCCACAAACAGAAAUCCCACCCCCACCCCCACCACCACCACCACCAGCAGCAGCAGUACCAUCACCCUGCAUCAUCCCACCCUCAUCACCAAGCCCAGAGCUCCCCGCCACCUAAAGUCCCCCCUCCCCCUCAAACUGAACCCGGCUACCAGCGCAAGACCAACCCAAAAAGGCGCUUUGAUGGAGACGUCCUUUCACCGAGCUACAUCAAGAGUUUCAGGGACCGACAAACAGACAGACGCGCCUACUCCCACAGUCGAAUGAUGAGCCGCUCCCGCAUGGCUGAACUCGACUACGACUGCGGGUCUCGAGUGCCCCUCACAGCUCCCAGUGGCCCCCCAGUUCACAUCUGAGACAGGGAAAUGAACAUGUGUACACCUAACCACACACACAUUCACACAAGGCUACUUCAAACGUAGUUGUCACUGUUAGGGAUAGAACACCUAACCCUAUGUGCCAACCUUAUCAACUGCCUAAUAAACCAACCGGAAGGCAAUAUGUCCCAAUAAGGUGGUGAUUCCCACACUGGUUUACUUCUCUCAGACUUGUUACAAGUUUUAUUUCUGUUCUGAUCUUUAUGACUGGCAAGACACGAGAGCAGCACCUCUUCUUUUAGAUGGAGCGAGACAUGAUUGCUCGGUCAAAUCUCAAAAAAUCUCAAACAUAGUCAUCACAUACUGUAUUAGACUUUAAAACAAGAGUCUUUGGACUGUUCUGGAGAUAAUGGACCUGUCUGGUGGGGAGUUGAUUGACAUAUCAACAUUUGAUUUCUAGAUUCUUCUGGUUGCUUCAAGCCAUAAUAAGUCAUUUCCACUGGGAUUGUCGUGGGGGAAACAAUCAAAACACUACUUUGUCCACAGGAGGGCUGCAACAUUUCACAUUUUAAAAAAAGCAUCACAUUGCUUUCAUGGAGUAGCACAACCAUCAAUAAACCUUCCAUCGCAUCUUUAGUUCAAGGGAAAUUAAGGAGGAAAGGAUUUGCUUCAAAGAUUCCAUUAAGAGCGCUCAGAGGAGGAAUAUGAGAGGAAAUAACAGAAAACAGCGAACACUGAAACAGAAAGGCAGCUCUACUUCAUCCUUUCACAUGGCAGCAACAGGAACUGCUCUUGGUGGUGUAUAGGAUCAAAGAGUUAUCACCGAAGACAAUGUUUUUGUUAUUUCACCCAUGAACACUCCAUGUGUCAUUGCCUACAUGUAUGCUAUUUGUCCCAGGAAUGUGCUUGCUUCUCACUCCUUUAUUCGUUGAUGGACAGCUGUUCUCACCACAGAGCUGACCAGGAGACGAAGACGUACCUCUCCCUUUCUUUUGGAAAGCUACUGUAUGUAAAUAUCCUUGUUGAAGAUUUUCUGAACACUAACACGUCACUUUUCCUUUUUUUAAUCCAAGAGAAAGUCGACCUUUGUUGAAUUUGUCAGCUGUCUUGUUAAAGACAGACGUUAAAGCACAAAGUCAAGAAACUGCUAUUGAUCAUCCAGGAAUUAGAAAAUUAAAAAUUAGAGUUUGGAGGGGACACUAUGAACAUGUUAAAUAUAGUGUGUGUGUGUGUGUGUGUGUGUGUGUGUGUGUGUGUGUGUGUGUGUGCGUGUGUGUGUGUGUGUGUGCCAAAUAUUGGCCAAGCAGAGGGGGAUUCACUGUAUUGUAUGCUGUAUUGUUUGUCCUCAUUUUGGCCAGUACACCGGUCCUGUUUAAGAUAUGAAUCUUAUAGUUUGGAUGAAGUGUUAAUAAAUGAUGAAAAGGAGGAGAAGGAGGGAUAUAAUCUCCUGUAAAUGAUGAAACAUAAUGAAAAGAUGAAAUCAUUUGCAAACAGCGCCCUCUCAUGUUUACUACUGGACUUUUCUUUUCAAGACUUAUUGUUUUCGUGUGCAUAUGUUUGUGUGGUACAUGCAUUUGAUUGUGAAUGUCGCUUGAAUUCAAACGUAUUCCGAGCAUUAAUGUUGUUGUGCCGAACAUCCAGUUACAUUUGUACAUGCAGUAUUUUCAAAGGUAUUAUUUGUGUUUUAUUUUAACCUCUUUGGAAUUGAAGUAUGGUAGUUCCUCACAACAAACACCAACAUGUUCCGUUUUUUUAAAGAUAGUUUUUUAAGAUAGUUUCACAAUGUUUAGAUGAACACACAUAUUCCACAAUACUGUUGUUACAUACUAGAUAUCUAAAUAUGGGCUUGGCACCAGGACCAAUCAUUCUCACCAUAACCCAUUACUGCAUGAGAAUCCUUGUGUAAUUGUUUCCUAUGUGUCAGUGUGUCAGUGUGUCGCUGUUGUCAUGUGAAAACCUCAGAUUUACAUUGAGACUUUUUUGGUCCCAGGGUGCUCAAAACAUAAUCCACAAUGGCUGAUGCAAGGACCAACCAAAGCCUAUUCUCCCUCCUCUUGACAUGUAUUACGCUCAGUCACCUUCUAUUCUGCUGUAUCAUUGUUAUGUUAUAAUGUUUUAUUUGGGCUUUUGCUUACACUUCAGUUCUGUGUUGGUCUUCUCUUGGAGCUUUACUCUCGUCAUCAAUGUCUUUAGAAUUUUAUUAAGACAACAUUUUACAAAAUGAUAAUUCAAAACAUUAGCCCUAUUGGGCCAGAAAUUAAUUAUUAGAAAUAAAUUGUCAGAUAUUUAUUAGUUUUUGUUCCUUCUAUUUUAUUUCAGUUUUGUGUGCCCAUCGCUUCUGAAUAUGUGUUGGGGAAAUACUUGUUGAACUGUAAAUAUUUUUCUUUAAUUUUCAUGUUUGCACCACGACAACUUAUGUCAUGUAUCCAGCCGCUUGGACCUGUUUAUUGUCUGUAUGUCCUCUUGGUUUGAUUCGGCUGGGUGGUGGAUGCACUUGUUUCGUUCUCAUCCUGUUUCAACGUGUGAUGUUGAAGAGCAGCAAACAAACUGAGCCUCAACUGAUCAUCAGCAACCAUCAGUAAUUCAAUAAUUGCUCCACAUUGUGAGAAGAGAUGACAAUUCAUUUUCAUACCACCCUGUUUAAAUGUGUACAAAUGAUGUAUUAUAAUUAUUAUUAUUAUUAUUAUUGAUAGCAUGAAUUGAUAUGGACCUACAAUAUGAUAAACAUUGUGAUUCUACAAUUUAAUUGAAUUGUUUGUCUACUGUUCUUACAUUGUGAUUUAUGUAUAGGCUAUAGAGGUGCAUUCAUGGGUACAAAUAACAAAUAUCCUCUGAAGCAUAUCAAAAAUCAUGCACAUCUUUACCACAAACACGUUCCUCUCUGCCUAACUCUCCUAACCUAGUUGACUUAUUUGGUGGUGUUGAGUGAAGCUUCACUGGUCAGCUGCGCUGUACUAUCGAGCAUUGUCUGACAUUACACCAAACACUUAAAAAAUAGAAACUGCGCAGUUACACGUAGAGGCAGGUGUGGCGUUGUCGGAUCAGUGCAGGGCUGAGUGGAGUUACUCAGAGACACACACACACGUAUGCGUUUCACGUAACAGUCCCAGUUCUGGAUAAACUGCUAAGCAGCACAACAAAUGAGCCACAUGUAAUAUUUUCCACGCCUGUAUGUUCACCAGCUGAUGGAGGAGAGGUCAGAGAGGUCAGAGAGGUUUGCUGACUUCAUUUGAAGGAAAUGGAGGCGGAACAUGCUGCUCUUCUUUAGUUGUCCUGCAAUGAUUGGGAAGCUGAUGGCAUUGGCAGCAGUUGCAAAGAAACUGUGACAGAAAGUUCUGAUAAAACAGGCCCAACAGCA